UCUACAUUCCAGCACGCAAACCCCUCGUACAUUAAUAUAGGAAUGGCCUAUCCAUUAUUUUAUUAUCUAUGCCUCCCGCACACAACUAGGUUUAGUAGACCGUGUCCCGCACCACCUUACCACGGAAUAAGACGAUAAGACCUUAACCGACAAUCUGAUUUUUUAAAUUAUUCAAAGAACACCGAAAAACAUCGAGUUUAUUAACACACGAAUCGGGUGAUCCAACGAUGCCUCGAUUUUCAAGGACGAACAUAUCUAGUAAAAUAAUAAAUAUCUGUGAGCAUAAUAUAUUAUAAAUGUGAAUAGUGAUAUUGUUUGUCGGACGUUGGUUGGUUGGGAAAUGUCAGUUUACAAAAUUGUUCGUGCAAAGUUUUUAACGAAAAAUUAAUAUCGGGCUUCUAUCACAAUUUCCUAUCGUCGUUUGUGAUUUGCCGAUGCCGAAUAAUUGAUGCUCAACGCUCUUUGUGUCGCUCUAUUAUUCGUUUUUUAUAGCGUGGUCCUGCCAUUGUUUUGUGGUACUGUGUCAGUUUCCUAUUCCUUAACCUAAUUUUUUUCGUUCUUUUCACAUUCAUUUUUGUCUUGACAGGUCGUGCGUAUCCGCUCUUCCACUCAGCUCGAAUAUCCUAUUUAUUUUUUAAAUAUAUAACUAACUAACAAAAAUGGGUGACGAAGAAAAAGGAGCCAAAGUAUUCAAAACGAAAUGCGCUCAAUGCCACACGGUGGAGAAGGGCGGCAAACAUAAAGUAGGACCAAAUUUAAAUGGUUUAAUCGGGCGUAAAACCGGUGAUGCUCCCGGUUAUACUUAUAGUGAUGCAAAUAAACAAAAGGGUAUCACAUGGAAUGAUACAACGUUAUUUGAGUACUUAGAAAACCCCAAGAAAUAUAUACCUGGUACUAAAAUGGUGUUUGCUGGCAUUAAGAAAGUAGAUGAAAGAAAAGAUCUUAUUGCUUAUUUAAAAAAAGCUACCAAGUAAUGUCAGUACCUAUGACAACACUAUAAUAGAUUUAAAUAUAAGUGUUUUACACAUUAUUAAUUUUUUUAUUAUUAUUCGCGGUAAUUAUACUGUAUGAUUUGUACACUUUUUAAACUAAAUUAUUUCUUGUUUAAAUUUAUUUGUUGUACAGUGUUAUAGAGUCAAAUAUUAAUUGCUUUAGAAU